UCCGUGUCGAAACACGACGUAUAUAUCACCGCGCGCUUGAUUUCCACAAACAUUUUCCGAGGAUGGGACGAUGCCUUGCCUUCCGUGUUUGUCAAUCGUUGUCGUCUUCUAGUGUCCGUUAAGCGUAUCGGGGCCGAUGGAAGCGAAGCCUUCGAAGAUGUCCCGUCUGUUCCAGACGUCGUCCGUCGAAUCCAAAGACGAAUACGAGGAGAAACUCGAACGCAGCUACCAGGCCGUCACCGCCCUGACGGCGGGCCUCAGCGACAAGGACGCCUACGACGCCAUCACCAAGGCCCUGCUCAAGGACAAGGGCUACGAGGAGGUGUCGCUGGGCCUGCUGGUCACCAUCCUCACCGAGCCGCACAACGCCGCCCGCGGCUACCGCGACCUCACCCUCAUCUCCAACGACGGCUUCGGCCUGGUGCUCAACUCGCUCUCGCAGCUGGUGCUCGACCGCUACCUGCGCUUCACCGACGUGGUCAAGGGCCAGGUGGUGUGGCUGCUCCGGGAGAUGAUCAAGAACGCGGUCAACAACGUCGACAACCUCUGCUGGAACCUGAUGCGGCACGCGGCCGGCGGCGACGUCUCCGCCAAGAACAUCGCGCUCAUCGAGAGCCUCCUCGACGUGCUGGUGGAGUAUCGCAGUUGGCUGGACAAGUUCCCGCUGCUCAUACCCUCGGUUGUUUACACCUACUUGCGAUUGGUGGAGGACCACAAUGCGCCUUAUUUAGCCAACUUAAGACAGAAGGAAGUUAAUUUUUUAAUUAGUUUGAUUAGGGAACGGUUCAAUGACUGUAUCGGGAUCGGGCGUGACCUAGUGAGACUCUUGCAGAACGUUGCCAGAAUCCCGGAAUUUGAACAACUCUGGAAGGAUAUUCUCACUGCCCCCAGGACGCUCAGUCCCACGUUUACGGGGGUUUUGCAACUGCUGCAAGCGAGAACGUCCAGGAGGUACCUCCAGUCGAGGCUCACGCCGGACAUGGAGAGAAAACUCGUCUUUUUUACGUCCCAGGUCCGUUUCGGCAACCACAAACGUUACCAGGACUGGUUCCAACGCCAAUACCUCGCCACCCCCGAAUCGCAGAGCCUCCGUUGCGACAUAAUUCGUUUCAUCGUUGGCGUAAUCCAUCCAACAAACGAACUUCUCUGCUCGGAUAUAAUCCCUCGUUGGGCGGUCAUCGGUUGGCUGUUAACCACAUGCACCUCAUCCGUAGCCGUCUCGAACGCCAAACUGGCCCUCUUCUACGAUUGGCUGUUCUUCGACAGCGAAAAAGACAACAUUAUGAACAUUGAACCGGCGAUCUUAGUAAUGCACCAUUCGAUGCGUUCACAUCCUGCCGUCAGUGCAACCCUGCUUGAUUUUUUAUGCCGAAUUAUCCCCAACUUCCACCAACCGUUAACCGAAAAAGUACGAAACGGUAUUUUCUCAUCGCUGCGUAAAAUACUAGAGAAACGGGUGGUGCCGUCGUUGGUGCCACUGUUCGACAAUGGGAAACUUGACCCGGAGCUGAGGAACAUGGUACGGGAGACGUUUAAGGAGUUCUGUGCUGCGACGGUCCCGGAAAGCUCCGGGGUCAACAACCACGUGAAUAACCAUGUUUUGGACAACGAACCGGCGUUUAGUGACGAUGAGGAGGAGCAGCCGUUGACGAUUUGUGCCCUUGACGACGACAGCGACGAGGAUGAUGACGAUAUACCGUUGUCGAAGGUGCGGUUGCGGAAGGUCCAGGAUAAGUUGGACGAGAGUAUAGAUGGGCCUUUGGGGGAGAUUUUGACCAAGUUGCAGCUGGAGAAGGAUCGGGAGAGUCGCUGUGGUCACAUGGAGACGUUUCUUCAAACCUUGAUGGGGUUUGAGGGUGACGAUGAGGAUAAUCUACCAAUGAUCGCAAAGACUUUGGCCAACAUAAUCCAAGACGAUCACAAGUGCGGUGAGCUCAAGCCGGAACAAAUGACUGACGAUGAGCUGCUUGAAAGCAUCAAGUUGCCACUGUUUGUCCUCUUCCAAACGCUGUACAAUUUCACGAAACAGGACGAGGACGGCAAAGAGAUCCUCAAUCGCUUAUUGGCCGAGAUGCGCAAUUGUUUCCCCACCGUCGGCUACUUCCUCCUCUACUUCCUCAAAGUUCAAAUACGGACAGAGAACAAACGCGAGGACCAGACCAAAGCAAGUGCGCUGAAAGUGAGUGUGUACAAGGAGUAUUGCCAAUCGUGUGAUAAAAAAAUAGACGUUUGUUUGCUCGACGACUUGAUCGCAUGCCACAUCAGUGAUACCAAACUAAUGAUGUGGAUAGUGCCUGAUUUAUUUAGGGAUUUUAAACAACAAACUGUUAACAACGCUCAAAUAAUACGUGUGAUAAUCUCAGCGAUUGACUCUCGCCAAUUACAAACGCUAGUCGGUAAAGUGCUUCAAGGUCAUUUAGUGAUGUUCAAAAGUGAGAAUCUGGUGCCGUUGCUUAAAAUCACGCUAACGUGGGAAAGUAUCGAGCAGUUUUUUUUCUGGCAACUGAUACACGCCCACGAUAUUUCCAUUGAUACCGUUCUACCAUUGGUAACACAACUGGACUAUGAGCAGCAUUCGGAAGCGCUAACUGCGAUCACGCUGAUGCUGAAGCAGGAGCGGCCCAACGCCGACUAUGUCAAGUAUUUAUUUUCGCGCGAUUUGUCGCCGUCCGGCGAUUUGUUUAUUUUUACCAUUGUUAAGUACUGGUGUGAUGAGUAUAUUGAUAAGGUGGCUGAGUUGAUUUCGUCGUUGUUGAGUACGCGGUAUCCGUCAACGUCGCCGAAUAAGCGGAAACGUAGCGGGAAUAAGACGCUGAGUGCGACGGUGCCGUCGGCCGACCAGGUCCUGGGGCAUUUGGAACAGUUGAGGGUGAUUUGUGAGCGGCAUGACUGUAUGGCGAUCUAUACGCUGGAUUCGAUGCAGAGGGCGCUGAAUAUCGCGAUGAAUAAUUGUAGUGAUGGGCAAAAGAAGCAGUACGGACAGUUGUUUGCAUUGUUGGAGGAGGAGGAGGAGGUUAGUAGUGCGACGAAGAGUCGCUCGCAAGGGAGGGGGAGGAAGCCGGUGAAUAAGAGUGCGGUGGCGACGAAGAGGACGGCGGUUAGGGAGAUUUGUGAUUCGUCGGAGGAGAGUAGCGAGGAGGAGGAGAUCGUGAAGCCAAAGCAGCCUAAGAAGCGUAAAAAAGUGAUGUCCGACAGUGAUUGACGGAACCAAGUCGUAGCAGUGGAUUCGUCGUGUGUGAAGCACAUCGGAAUUAAGGAACGUCAUAUCAGAUGCAAGCUUGUGAUCAUUAGCAUUAUUCAGAGACACGUACUGUGGUGAAGAGGAAAGGAAAUAAUAAUAAAAAAUGAGCGGAGGAAUAACUAAAUGAAGUGAAUACACUGCCUGUAGACAAGAUUCAAAGACAAAUAUCGAUGUCUUGAUUGAAUAAACACAAUUGUUGAGUACCUUAAGAAACGUUGUUAAUUAUUGUAUUAUUUUACAUGUUUAUCAGUAACUCUCAUGUGUAUUCUGUAUUAUAUUUUCUGUAAAUUGUUACUGUUAGGUUGUACCAUCCUCUGUUGUCAUUUUUGCUAUUCAAGGGUCUAUUAUUAGAACAAGUUUUUAAGCGAACUGUAAAUUGAUAGUGUUUUAUUACAAGCGGAUGUAUAAAUUUGUAAAUAUAUUUAUAAAGAGCAGGAUAUGUUUUGACACGGAGUAGUGUCCCCGUACGAUCAAUAUAAUUUGUUUUAUUACAA